CUUGGCGGAACUUGGGAGGUGGAUGUUACUGUUUUGUUGUGUUUGUGUUUAUUUUGGCUUAGCGGACGCGAAAAGACAGCGCGGUGCACGAGGAAACUGUUUUCUGCUCUGCACUCAUUUGCGGAUGAAGCAUCUGCGUCUGUGAUACUGUGUAGCCCGUUUAGUAACCUUGGUAUGUAGAGUCGUGGCAACAUGUACACGGAACCAGUCUCGCCAGUGCGUCACCGUUCUUUGCUACGAUGUGCUGAUUGCCUCACAAAGCAGCAGUUAAAGAGUCUAUCCAGGGAGAUCGUAAAAAACUGCUGUAUGUCAACAGCUCCAGGGUGACGGCUGAAGUAGUUGCAUGAACUUUAAGCAUGUUUCCAAGAAACCACGAAAUAGUGAAGUUCUCUGACCUUGACUCAGAUGUUCAGGAGCUCAUCAGAAUAGCUGUUUCUUAUAGGCAGAAAGCUCACUGCCCAUACAGUAAAUUUCCAGUAGGAGCAGCGUUGAAGUGUGAUGACGACUCUGUGUUCGGUGGUUGCAAUGUUGAAAACGCCGCAUAUGGUUCCAGUAUAUGUGCUGAACGCACUGCAAUUGUGAAAGCCGUAAGUGAAGGCAAAAAGCUGUUCAAACAUUUUGCGAUAACGGGAGAUGUAACUCAGGGAUUUAUAUCGCCCUGUGGCUCAUGUCGUCAAGUGAUGGUUGAAUUUGGAACAGACGUGAAAGUCUAUCUGGCAAAGCCAGAUUUUUCAGAUGUUCUAGUGACAGAUAUGGACACUAUAUUGCCUCUAGCGUUCAUUCCACUGUCAAUGCCUACGUGAAGUACAGUGUACAAAGCUAUGUUAAUCACAGACACUUAAAGAAAGGAAAGAACCGUAUAAUCUUUCAUCAACAUGUAAUUGUCAACAUUUCUCUCAGAUUGAUGAUAAUUGUUUAUUGCAAUAAUAUCUGCAUAAUUUUGUUUUGACAGUGUACCAUUUAAAAGAGCAUGCUCUGUUAUAAUAAUGCAGUAUCUCUGUAAAAUAAUUUUUUGUGAUUAUUUUGGCAUAUAUAAUACAGAAUUUUAUGAA